UGAGCCCACCAGGAACGAAAGAGAGCUCCAUCUGCCCUCCAGGAACAGCUAUGAAGUUCCUCUCCACAAGCACCUUCUGUCCACUUGCCUUCGUGGGGCUGCUCCUGGUGACAGCUACUGCCUUCCCCACCUCAGAAGUCCCAAGAGAAGAAGUCACAUCCAAUGCCACCUCAGAUGGACCAACAUAUGCCUCUACGCAAAAUGCUGAAGAUCAGAUUUCAUAUACCCUCAUGAAAAUCAAAGAACUGAAAGAGGAGGUAUGUAACAAUGAGGAAAAGUGUGUUAGAAAAGACAAUGCAUUGUCAGAAGAAAAGCUGAACCUUCCAAAGAUGACAGUGGAAGAUGGGUGCUUUGAAAGUGGACAUAAAAGGGACACCUGCCUGCUGAAAAUCACCUCUGGUCUUCUGGAGUUCCAGAUUUACCUAAAGUACAUCCAGAAUAAGUUUCAGAGUAGUGAGAAAAAUAACAAAGCCAAAGAUGUGAAGAGCAGUACAAAAUCUGUGAUCCAACUCCUGAUGCAAGAGAUAAAGAAUCAAGAUGAAAUAGUCUUCCCUAGCCCAACUGCAAAUGCUCUCCUACUGAAAGAGCUGGAGUCACAGAAUGAGUGGCAGAAGAACAUGAUAAUUCACCUCAUCCUGAGCAGCCUUGAGACUUUCCUGCAGUUCAGUUUAAGAGCUCUUCGGAUACUGUAAUGCACAGCAGCUAAUAUUAUGGGUGUGUACAGGCAUUCCUUUCCAUGGUCAGGACAGAACCAUCCCUGUCCACUGGGGAUCUACCUUAUGUUGUUCUCUACGAAGAACUGACAGUAUGAACAUUAGGACACUAUUUUAAUUAUUUUUAAUUUAUUGAUAAUUUAAAUAUGAAUUAAUUUAUGUAUGAUUGCUAUUUAUAAUUUUUAUAAAGUGCCAUUUAAAUCUUAUAUGUCAUAGUUUUGAAAUGAUAAUAUAAGUGCCUAGGCAGUUUGAAUCUGUUUCAGAACCAGAUC